AGUGCUUCUUCUGCAUGACCAUAACCAAAGGGUGACCCAUCCACUCCCUUACGUCCUAUGGGAACCUCAGAGCCAGUGUCUCAGUCUUCAUCUCCUCCUCCUCCUCCUCCUCUUCCUCCUCCUCCUCUUACCACUGCUGCUGACGCCCUGGGUGCUGCUCCCAGGUUUGAGACAUUGUUGACAGGCUGAAGAAAGGAUUUGCAAAGACCUCCUCACUGUGUAAAUAAAGUGAUGGCUGGAAUUAACAUCAACUCCCCAAGUAAUGAUAUUAAACAAUAAGAUUGCUAAGCCAAAGCAUUACCGGGAACAAAUUAUGAGGAAAGAGACUGUUUGCAUUUGGUUACAAUGAUGAACUAAAACUAUCUGUGGAGAGCAAGUACCCUUUGAUUUGCACAUUUUUUUCCUCAUGAAUGCAGCCUUUGUAGCCUGCAAGGCAGUCAUGAUUCUGAUCAGAUCUGUGAUAGCUACAAGAGAUAAAUGAAAGGAAAGGGUCUUGAUGAAUGAAAGAACAAGGCCUCAGCUGCUCCCUGGUUCACUUUGAGAGUUUCAUCUUUUCUUAUUAGUGGAACAGUAGUUUGUGUCAAACAUUCCGGACAAUAAGGAAAAGCAGAUCUGUGGUUUUCCAAAAUGUAGAUUCAGGGUUGCAACUGUGUUGCCCUGCUCUGUGUCCAAGGGACUGUCCUCCAAAUGCAAAUGGCUUUGAGCUUUCUAGUGAAAGUUAAGGUUACACUGUAAAAACAAGAUUUUUUUUUUGGCUUUAAGUGAUUAAAAAAAGAAAGAAAACCAGUUGCAAAAUGGAGGUUGCAAUGGUGAGUGCAGAUAGCUCUGGGUGCAACAGCCACAUGCCCUAUGGAUACGCGGUCCAAGCUCGGGCCCGAGAGAGAGCAGCGGGGGCAGCGCCAGCCGUAGCAGCAGCAACAGCAGCAGUAGAAGGUGGGGCAACAGGUGGAGGUGGACCAUAUCAUCACUAUCAUCAGGAGGAGAGUCGAGGCGCAUCCUCCUCUCAUGGUGGGAAUGCGUCUCGCAGCAGCAUGCCCCACCGCCAGAGUGGUAAGAGGCGGAAGAAAGGGAAGAAGAGGAGCCACCGCUUGGGAAAUAGGGAGUGCGGGGCCUCCUUCCCCUGUUCUGAGCUGCUGCCUCUCAGUGGGUCUGAAGAGAGAAUACUGAAGGACUUGAGUGAGGAGGAAGAGGAGGAUGAAGACGAGGAUGAAGACGAUGAGGAAGAAGGAAAGCUCUACUACAGUGAUGACUAUGGGGAGGACGAGUUUUCAUACUCGGACCAGCCACCUGAUGAUGGUGGAGGCCCUGGGGGUUACAGCUCUGUUCGCUACAGUGAGUACGAGUGUUGUGAGCGUGUGGUGAUCAACGUGUCAGGACUGCGGUUUGAGACCCAGCUGAAGACAUUAGCUCAGUUCCCGGAGACAUUGUUGGGUGAUCCUGCGAAGCGAGGGAGAUACUUUGACCCUCUCAGGAAUGAAUACUUCUUUGAUAGGAACCGGCCCAGCUUUGAUGCCAUCCUGUACUACUACCAGAGUGGUGGUCGGCUGAAGAGGCCAGUCAAUGUACCCUUUGACAUCUUCACUGAGGAGGUGAAAUUCUACCAACUUGGGGAGGAGGCCAUGCUCAAGUUUAGGGAGGAUGAAGGGUUUGUCAAAGAGGAAGAGGAAAAAGUUUUGCCGGAGAAUGAGUUUAAGAGGCAGGUUUGGCUGCUGUUUGAGUACCCAGAGAGCUCCAGUCCAGCCAGAGGCAUUGCCAUUGUCUCUGUCUUGGUCAUCUUGAUCUCCAUCGUCAUCUUUUGUCUGGAGACUUUGCCAGAGUUCAGAGAUGACAAAGAAUUCGUCAUGUCCCUGAGCUUAGGGAAGGGGCUUUCCAAUGAGACGCUUCACCUGGAUGCUGGGGAGCACACCAUCUUCAAUGACCCUUUUUUCAUUGUAGAGACGGUAUGCAUCAUUUGGUUCUCCUUUGAGUUUACAGUGCGCUGCUUUGCAUGUCCAAGCAAAGCACAGUUCUUCAAGAACAUCAUGAACAUCAUAGACAUUGUCUCCAUCUUGCCUUACUUCAUUACUCUGGGCACUGACUUGGCACAGGAGCAGGGCAGUAAUGGUCAACAGGCCAUGUCUUUUGCCAUCCUGAGGAUCAUCCGUCUUGUCAGGGUGUUUCGCAUCUUCAAGCUCUCCAGACACUCCAAGGGUUUGCAGAUCCUGGGUCAUACGCUCAGGGCCAGCAUGAGGGAACUUGGCCUCCUCAUCUUUUUUCUUUUUAUCGGAGUCAUUUUGUUUUCCAGUGCUGUUUACUUCGCAGAAGCUGAUGAGCCUGCCACCCAUUUUCAAAGCAUCCCAGAUGCCUUUUGGUGGGCUGUAGUGACCAUGACUACCGUCGGUUAUGGGGAUAUGAAACCCAUAACUGUGGGUGGGAAAAUAGUUGGGUCCCUGUGUGCCAUUGCGGGAGUGUUAACCAUUGCUUUACCAGUGCCAGUGAUUGUCUCCAAUUUUAACUAUUUCUACCACAGAGAGACUGAGAAUGAAGAACAAACGCAGCUGAUGCAAAAUGCAGUCAGUUGCCCUUACCUCCCAUCAAAUUUACUGAAGAAAUUUAGAAGCUCCUCAUCUUCAUCCACAGAGGAUAAAUCAGAGUAUCUGGAGAUGGAAGAAGGAGUUAAAGAGUCUCUUUGUGUAAAGGAGAAAAAAAGUCAGGACACAGGGAAUAGCAGUGAGUCAGAGAAGAAAAACUGUGUAAAUUCUGUGGAAACUGAUGUGUAAUUUUGAACGUUUCCAAAUAUAUUUAUGCAUUAAAGAGUGCAGUGAAAAUAAUGAAAUAUGCAAACAAGAGUCCACAGCAUACAGCAGUAUGCCAUUUAAUGGGUAAAUACAAAUAAAAAGCAUUGCUAAACUUGUAUCACAUAUCAAGGAAGUGGUGUAACUUGAGGAAGGGAUUGCUAGAUCUGAUACAAUUUCAGAUUUUAUAUUUUUAUUAGAAUGCAAGUGUUUUGCACAUGAGGCUGAAAAAUUUAUUAAAACCAAGUCAGUUUUAAAGUGGGUGCAUGAACUGUCGACAUCACUAAUAACAGCUCUGUGGUUAAAGUUGGCAUUCAGAGGUAUUUACUAUGUAAGAAGCAAUGAAUUUGGUAGUCAUUUAUCUAUUUAUCAGUGCUUUAAUAGCAGCUACCAUACAUCACUGGAUACCAUAGUCAUUGUUUUUCAAAUGGUAAAUUUAUUGUAAAAAGAUAUUCUACAGAAGAUAGAUCUGAAUUUUUUUCUUGAAAUCUAUAAUGCUUGUUUUUAACUGGUAAUUUACUUCAAAAAGGCUGCUGACCCUCCAGAAAUUGUUUAUUUUUAUAACUCUCUUUGGAGGCAUUGCAGCAUUUGUUGUCUAAUAAUGAAAGAAAUGAAGUAAGAGAAUCAUUUAACCUGGUCUGACUGCAAAGGCAAAAUGACUGGAAUGCUUUUUUGCACUACUCUAUAUGCUGGAGAUAUACUGAAAGAGACUUCAUACUGUGAAUGUUUACUAAUGUAAUAGUUCAAUGACAAUCAUUGGAAGAGUGAAUUCCACAUCAUAUUUUGUUUCUUUUUUCUUUAUGUGAUGCUGAUGGCAAAACAGUUAACAUUACAUCAAGUCCAUACUCUUUUUAAUUAUGAAUAUCUGUGAUCUGGAAAAGGAUUGUGAAGUAAAAUUUUAUAAUCAAAAUUAUUUGAAAUCAGUGUCUUCUACUGAUGCCCUCAAGAAAUACCAACCUAAUUUAUAUCUUUUUCCUGGUUAAUUUAACAUUCAGAGUCUAUGAUUACUACAUGCACUUUGUCAGUAUUGCAGAAAUUCAAUGUAUGGGAGGAGAAGGUGGAAGUAAUAAGAUACUCAGUUGUAACAGUACUGACAACUGAGAAUUGCUAACUUUUAACAUGCUAUUAUUGGUGCUGCAUUUUCCCUUAAUUACAGCUUUCACCCGUGUAUAUUUGAAGCAACAUUUAAGAUCCAAAAUAGGCAUUCUGGGAUUCAAAAUGAACAUGCUGGGUCCCAUGCAGUCCUUGAGAAAACAUUCCAUGAUUUCUUUUCACUGAUUCUUAGGCCAGCUCUGUUUUACUGUGUGUCAAAAACUUCCAUUGCCCUUCCUAGGAGAGUAAGGUAGGUGAAGAUUAUCUGGCCUACAGUUCAUUCCAGACGCCAGAAUGAAAUAGGUAAGGUAUUGCUUCAUAUAACAUAAAUAAUAGAUUCAAAACAGCAUUUUUUUCAGACUUAGAUUACCUAGGGAAGGCACAAUUUAACUGGAACUGUUUUUGAAGAGGCACUGUGGAACAUUCCAGAUUGUAAAACUUGAACCAAAUUGGCAUAUGCACUUUAAGGGCUGGGAUAGGCCAAUAUGAGAGAAAAAGGAGCUUACCAACACUGCUGAAUUACAGUAGCUUUGCAAUGUUCAUUUAAAGCUGAGCAGAAGAUUUUUGUGGGGGGAGAACUAGGUAGUGACUGACUUAGAGUUCUGGAGCCUAAAAGCGGCAAUAGCAGCAGUCCAAAGUGGGCACCCACGACAUUACGCAUAAUCUGUCAGAUAAGUAUUGUUUGCUGUAGAACUGAACAGAGCCAUAGAGAGAGAUUUUUCUUUAAUGGUUGGGUUUUGCCUUCAUGGAUUUUCUGUGAAUUGCCUCUUUGAAGAGUUUCUCUGCUUGACCUCUUUUGCAUUGCAGAA